AUGUUCGUAGUCCCCGGGGAGGAAAUUGAAGCAGAGUUUCAAAACAUGUCGAUAGGCGCAAAGGUCUCUGAGCACAGCAGCAACAGAAACAGAAGAGCUGCCACAUCUUCGUCUAUUGGCGAGCUACUAUCACUUGACAAGAGCAACUAUUGGGUGAACUACAAGCAAGCAAAGUACGCGCCCCUAUUAGACGACAUAGUCAUAGGAAUAGUCAAAGGGAAAGGGAAAGAAACGUACAAGGUAGAUAUAGGAGGGCCAUCGUAUGCGAUCAUCAAUUACAUGGACUUCCCAAGCGUCACCAAAAGAAACAGAAUAAAUUUGAACAUAGGAGAUGCGAUACUUGCACAAGUGGUGGAUGACAGUUUGCACAGUGAAACAGUGAUAUCCUGCAAAACAGAAGCAAUCAAGGGAAUGGGCCUGCUGAAGGGAGGAGCAGUGAUAAAAGUAGGGAUACUGCAGUGCAGGAAGUAUCUUUUGCAUCCUCCCGUGCUGGAUACAGAUGCCAUCAGCAUAUUCGCCAUGAACGGGUAUGCAUGGAUCACACCACCUACACAGAAUAAUAUAAAGAAGAUGCUAAGUCUGAUAUAA